AUGUCUUUUGGCUUCUCCGUAGGAGAUAUAAUCCUCGUUAGCCAAUUAGCGUAUGACCUAUACUGUACCGUCAGCUCUGGAAGGCAAGCAGCGUCGCGCGACUUGAGAGAGCUCGAGGAGGUGCUCUUCAGUCUGAGAUGCGCUCUGGAUCACCUCAAAGAGGUGUCCCAUGACGUGCUCACAAGAUCAGGGCUCCCAGAUGGCGACGAGCUCAUGGAGAAGCUUGGUAUGAUGAUCAGCUCUUGCGCUUCAACGUUACAGGAGCUAGACACAAUGACGAAGAAGUAUCGUCUGGUCGAAAAUGAGGCAGGUAAAGAGAAGACUAGCCUGCGCACGUUGGAAGAUGUCAAGAAGAGUAUUCGCGUUAACUGGCAGAGGGUACGAUGGGACCGCGAGAAGCAGUGGCUGCAACAAUACCGAGAGAAGCUAAAGUCGCAUACCGAUGCGAUAAACCUCAUCUUGACCUCGGUGGUCUGGUAA